UACAUCCACCAUAUCUCAACUUGAAUCAUGUCCCCUCUUGUUUUAUUGGGCCUAUCAUGGCUCCUCCUGGCACAACCCACGCUAGUACCCAUAGCCGCUACCAACACAACAGCCGGCGGCGGCGGCGGCUUCAUGAAGAGCAAGCCGGACUGCCCACUGACAUGCGGGGAUCUAACAGUUCCCUACCCAUUUGGAAUCGGCGUCGGAUCCGGCUGCUCCAUCGGCCCCUGGUUCGACGUCAACUGCAGCGCCGCCUUCAACCCUCCCAAGCCCUUCAUCAGCACCGGUAACCUCGAAAUCCUAAACAUCUCCGACACCCAAUUACGCAUCAAGAACAUCGUCGCUUCCACCUGCUACAACCGGUCCGAAGGCCUUACCCAAUCCUACGAGGCGUGGACCAAACUGGGCAAUUCCACCUUCACCUUCUCCGACACCGCCAACAAGUUCACCCUCAUCGGCUGCGAUGACGUCGCCCUGAUCAAGCCGUUGGGCCGGAACUUCUCCAGCGGCUGCGUCUCUUUCUGCGCCAAGAAAGAGGACGUGCUCGACGGGUCCUGCACGGGGAUUGGCUGCUGCCAAACUAAGAUUCCCAAAGGGCUCAAAGGCUACGUGACUAGGUUUAUUUCCUUCGCAAAUCGCACCAAUGUCUGGACGUUUGAUCCUUGCAGCUACGCCUUUCUAGGCGAGGAAGAAAGCUUCAAGUUUCGCGGGACUACCGACUUUUUGGAUCCGGAUUUCAAAAACAGGACCAGAGAGACUGUGCCUUUGGUGCUAGACUGGGUGAUUGGAAAUCAGACCUGCACUCAAGCAGAAAAAUCCAACACUUUGGCUUGCCAGAAGAACGCUCAUUGCAUUGACUCAGAGAUCGGCCAUGGAGGGUACCUUUGCAGCUGCAACGAGGGUUUUCAGGGCAAUCCUUACCUCACUCCGGGAUGCCAAGAUAUCGACGAGUGCAUUGAUUCGAACUUGAACAACUGUUCUGUGAAUGCAAUUUGCAAAAACAGCCCUGGAAGCUACAACUGUUCCUGUGCUGAGGGUUUUGGCGAUGGCAGAAAACAUCAGCGCGGCUGCAUUGCAGAAGCCUCACAGUUUCCAGUCAUCAAGUUCUUUCUAGGAUUGAGCUUUGGCUUCUUGGGACUACUCAUUUGUGCAACUUGGCUUCACUUUGGCUUCAAGAGAAGGAAGCUCAUCAAGCUUAGAGAAAAGUUCUUCCAGCAAAAUGGAGGCCAUCUCUUAAGUGUGGCAAAUGUAGAGCCCUCCAAGAUCUUCACAGCAGAAGAGCUUGAGAAAGCCACCAGCAACUUCUCUGAGGAUCGCAUACUUGGCCGAGGUGGAUAUGGAGUAGUGUACAGAGGAAUUCUUCCUGGAAAUCAUCUGGUUGCCAUAAAAAAGUCUCGGAUAAUGGAUGAAGGACAAAUAGAGCAAUUCAUCAAUGAGGUGGUAAUUCUCACACAAAUAAAUCAUAGAAAUGUGGUUAAGCUCUUAGGUUGCUGCUUGGAAACCGAAGUUCCUUUGCUCGUUUAUGAAUACGUGUCUAAUGGAACGUUACUUCACCAUAUCCAUAAAAGUGGAAUCUCUUGGUUAUCAUGGGAGAAUCGUCUUAGGAUAGCCUCUGAAGUUGCAGGUGCACUUGCUUAUCUUCACUCUGCAGCUUCCAUGCCAAUAAUUCACAGAGAUAUCAAGUCAGCCAACAUACUUCUAGACGAUAAUUACAUCGCAAAGGUAUCGGAUUUUGGAGCUUCAAGAUUGGUGUCAUUAGAUCAAACUCAAGUGAGUACGCUUGUUCAAGGGACAUUAGGGUAUUUAGAUCCCGAGUAUUUUCGCACUAGCCAUUUAACCGAGAAGAGUGAUGUUUACAGUUUUGGCAUUGUUUUAAUCGAGCUCUUGACUGGGAAAAGGCCCAUUUGCUUCGAGAGGCCUCAAGAAGAAAGGAAUUUAGCCACCUACUUCAUUAUGUCGAUGAAGGAGAAUCGUUUGUUUCAAAUUCUAGAGCCUCGUGUGGUUCGAGAAGGCAGCUUGGAGCAACUCCAAACAUUUGCAGAGCUUGUGAGGAGAUGCUUAAGAAUGAAAGGUGAAGAACGGCCCACAAUGAAGGAGGUGGCAAUGGAGCUAGAAGGUUUAAGGAAGUUUACUAAGCAUCCUUGGGCAAAUCAUCAUCAACAAUAUCAUCAAGAGACUAUGAGUUUGAUGAGUGAAUCCUCAGAUCUUUAUGCUGUGCCAUUGAGUCCUCACAAUGCUAACACUGCUGAAAUUUCUUGUCAAUAUAGUUUGGGUAGCAACACAAUAAUCCCAACUAAUGGUCCUCGCUAAGGGAGAUAAGAAGUAUCUUAUGUGACGAAAGCAUAUCUUUACUGUAUUUGAGAGAGAGAGAGAGAGAGAGAGAGUAUAUCUCACUAUAUGUAUAUUUUUCAUUCCUUUAGGAAAUAUUGCUCCUUUAAUGUAAGAAAAUAAUUUUUUUUUUUAAAUGUGGAGUUGGAUACCAUCUGCCUAUUGUGUGU